AUGUUCAGGCCCACCCUCCUCCGCCGCGUCGCGGCAACCGUACAGGUCCCAUUGCCUGCUUUGUCCAUGUUGCCUGCGCGGCCACUGCUUCGCCCUUUUUCCGCUUCUGCUGUCGCGCGCCAUGGCGACCUCGUGCGGCCAAAGCCGGGGACAGGUAUCAAGGUCACGUAUACCGACUCGAAGGGGAAUGUGAUCAAGACGAUCGAGGGCAACGAGGGGGACGACCUGCUGUCGCUGGCGCACGAGCAUGACAUCGACCUCGAAGGCGCAUGCGAGCGUUCCGUGGCGUGCUCGACGUGCCAUGUCAUCAUUGACCCCAAGUCGUUUGACAAGCUUCCCGAGGCCGAUGAUGAGGAGAACGACAUGCUCGACCUGGCUUUCGGGCUCGAGGACACUUCGCGCCUUGGGUGCCAGGUGUUGCUCACGCCCGAGCUGGAUGGCAUGGUUGCGCAGUUGCCCGCCGCGACGCGCAACAUGUAUGUGGACGGCGCAAAGGCACGGACACACUAG